AUGAAAAAGAACCAGACUGUGCAGGGAACCUUCAGUAAACUCUUCGGGAAGAAGCAUGCCAGCCCCACCACCACCUCCCUCUACGCCACCAACCCUCCCUGGAUUUUCACCCAAGAGGCCCCGGAAGAGGGGAGCAGAGAUUUUGAUGGAAUCUAUUAUGGAGACAAUCGGUUUGACACAGUGAGUGAAUCUGGGACAGCCACUCUGAAAGCUCGGCCAAGAGUCCGGCCUCUGCUGACCUUCCUCCCACUGAAUGCCCAGGAGAACCAUGGGCUGGCUGUGCCCACUCCAUCUGUCCCAGAAGACUUUGCAGGCAAAGAAUUGACAGGCACCAGCUCGCUCGUCAAUGGCAACCUCCGAUUGUACAGCUCUGUGGGGGACCUGAGGCAAGGGCACUAUGGCCAGGACCCACCCAUCCCCCCACCUCCUCCUGGCCCCGCCCCAGGGCCACCCUCAGAUACCUUUCAACCCCCACCUCCACCUUCCACAGCUCCCCCUCCACCUCCCCUGCUCCUGGAACCCCCGCCCCCACCCAACAUGGCUCCACCUCCACCCCCAGUAUUUGGAGCUCUAUCCCCACCAUCCACACCCACCCCUCCUGACUUCAUUCCUCCUGCCCCACCCUCAAUUUUAUUAGCACCUCCACCACCCCCUUUGCCAGCACCAGCACCCCCAGCUCCAGUGUCUUCUCACACAUCCUCAGGAUCUCAACUUUUUCGCCCUGGGGGGGUCACCAAGUGGAAAUCAGAGGUGGCAUUGAAUGACAGGCAGCCAGCAGCUCCCACAUCCAGCCCCCCCAGGAGUCCUGCUAAGCCUAAGGGGAGCCCCUUGGUCCCCAAGUCAGAGUCCCACCUCACCUUCCCCCGUUCCUUCAAGGUGCCUCCCCCAACCCCAGUCAGGACUUCAUCCAUCCAGGCUCAGGAAGCACAAGUGGAUCCCCCAGAGGAAGAGGGGGCCACCAAGAAGGUCCCCAGCCGGCUCCCACUGCCUCCCAGCUUCCACAUCCGCCCUGUGUCUCAGGCCUACCCUGACAGGGAACCUGAGCCAGGCAGUCCAGGGACACUCAGAGCAGCAGCACCAGCCAGCCCAAGGCUGGGCCAGGCCCAGCUGCAGACAAAUGAACAUGCUGAGACUCCACCCCCAGCCCCUCUCCUGCCCCCUCCUGCCCCUCCACUACUACCCGAAGCUCCUCUCCUACCCCCUCCAGCUCCCCCACUCCCACCCCCAGCAACCCCUCUGCCUCCUCCUGCUCCUCCUUUGCCUUCUGCUGAGAAGGUAUCCCCUCCACUUGCUGGGUAUGCAAAAAGCUCCAAAUCCAGCUCUUCAGUUCCCAAACCCAAACCCCCCAGUCCAGACGACACAGCCUCUCCAGCCCCCGUGGACUGGCGGGAUCCCAGUCAGAUGGAAAAGCUGCGGAGUGAGCUGGCAGCUUAUCUGUGUGGCUCCAAGAGAGACAACCGAUCCCUCGGUCACAGACCAGGCCCAACGGUGGCCUCUCAGGAUAAGAAGGGCCCCAAGAAGGCGGCUCCCCCAAGCUUGCCAGAGAAGGAGACUCCCCGAAGCCUGCCAGAGAAGGAGACUCCCCCAGUUGUUCCUGAGAAGAAGAGCCCUCGCAGUAACAGGGUACCAGAGAAGGAGACCACCACCAGCCUAAUCCUACCCCCUGUGGAUUAUAUUCCCCAAGACUCCCUUCCUCCCAAUGUCCGGCAGAUCCGGGAAAAGCUGGAGGCCCGGUUUUCCUCAUCAGCUGAAAAGGAAGCCAAGCCCAGUUUAGGGUCCUUGCCACCCAAACCUCUGCCAGAAGGGGGCAGAAUCUUUGAAAAUGGAGCUGGUAAUGGUAAAUUCUCUAAGCCUGUGACUAAAAUUCUGCCACCUGUAUCUGUCACACCCCUGCCAACUAGGCCACUCCAGUCCAAGCCCACAUCUGGGCCAGCCACACCACCUAAGGCUACAUCUGGACCUACCAUACCAUCCACAGCUACAACUCUGCCUGUCACAUUGCAGCUAAUGGCAGAGAAGGACACAGCCCCUGCUGGGCAAUGGGAAACGCCCGUGGAAUCUCAAGAACUUGUAGUGCCCUCCCAGCCUGAGGCAAACGGGUCUCCCUUAAAGCCCAGUAAGUUGCCUGCAAAGGAAGUCCCCUCAUCUCCAGCCCUUCCACCAAAAACAUCUACCCAAGAAGAGAUUUAUCUCUACAAGCCCCAUCGAAGCCAGAAUAGCUGCAGAGAGGUUGCUGUGGUCAUGCCCAACCUGGCCAGAGGAGAGGCUGCCGGGUCAGGGGAGUCUGUGGAGGUGAAGGAGCCCCAGGGCCUGCAAGCCAAGACCCCUGUAAGGGCCCCACCUGCUGAUGAACUCCUCAGGCAUCCGGUGACUGGGGAGGUGGUGGAGCGGGGAUCCCCAAUGGCCUUGCUUCUUGCAGCCCGACAGAGGGCACAGAAGGGAAGGUCUGGAGGAGCUCCGCUCGGUCGGUCCUCCCUACCAGGGAGUCUCCGAGGCCACAGUAACCCACCUGAGGCAGGCUCUGACAGCAUCUUCUACAGCGAAGGCCUGCCCAACUCCUUCACCGUGGUUCCCAAGCUAUCGAAGGAGACCAAGAAGGACUCCAUGCUGGACUCGUCAACCCAACCCACGGUACCCAGUCAGUGGACGCCCCAGCUCUGCAGAAACUCAGAGGGCACAGAGCCAAGCCGCUGGCACAAGCGGACAAAGGCAGAACCUCAGGCCCCCGCUGCCUGGGAAAAACCAGUUCCCUCCAAGCCCCCACAAGGCCGCCCACAGCCCAAGUCCUUCUCCUCCCCAUCUUCUCCUUCCUACAAGAGAGAGGAGUUCAACUUUGAGGUCAUCCCACCGCCGCCAGAAUUCAGCAAUGACCGUGAUCUCUCGGCCCCGACUCUCCAGUAUCCCGGCCAGCGGGGCUCCUCGCCCCGGAACAAUUUCUCGGACUUGAGGGAGUCCCUGGAUAUGGGCCCCUCGGUCUCGCAAGCUCGUGGUUAUUCGCGCUUUCCCACCGGUGCACGCUACUCCGGGGCCGGGGGUCUGGAGCGCUUCUCCGCGGGUGGACGCUCACUCAUCAAGAAACGCCUGUAUGUUGGGGAUGCCCACCACAGCCGCGUACUGGCCCGUGGCGGCACGGGCCGCAGUAUGAGCUCCCCCAAUUGCUUUGGGCCCCAGCUGGGAGGGCCAUUUGGUACUUCCGGAGGCCCUGAAAUGCGUCGUGUCAAUUCGGUGGGCCGAGCGCACCCCGGCGGCUUGCACACGCGGAGAAUGUCCAUGGAGGGCACCCGGAGCACGCCCUACACAAGCGGUGGGGGCACAGCAGAAGCCAAGUACAAAGCAGCCAGCGGAGACUACGGCUUUGGACCUUCUGUGGGCAGGUCUCCCCACAAUGUGCCGCACUACGGCAGCAGCCCUGUCAACACAUUCACUGUGAGGCCUGGCACCCGCCAUCCCAUCUCCUAUGCCUACUCCGGGGCGCAUCGGAAAGCCACAUCCUGA